GUUGGGCGCCCUGGGCGCGGGCGGGAGCGUCGUGCGCUGUCCUUGAAGGGCAGCCGGGCUGACCUUGCGCCGUCUCCUCUGGAGCGAUCUCCAGGAGCGCGCUGGGACGCGGCCGCGGCUGUGACUCAGUGCCCUGCGCACCGCAUGCAAAUGCUCCUCUGGCUCCGCAGCCGCGGCUUUCCCGUCCUGCCCUCGUUAUAAUCCCACGAUUCGAGCCCGGCGUUUUCUGUCCUUCCCCACGACCCGCCAGACCCUAGUGGAUUGUCCGGUUGCUCUGUCGCCGACCUCCCAUCCACAGAACCCAAGGCCGACCUCGGAGCGGCCUUUCUGCUCGGCAGGCGAGCGGAUGCCCGCCGCCUGGGGAAGGCUCUGCGCGCUGGGCCACUGCGACCCGCAGCCGGGCCAAAGGGAGGCGGCGCACCGGGGCGCACCAGCGCUCGGAGCCCGGCCCCGCUCCCCAUUGGUCGCCGCUUUCGCGGAGGGGCCGCCCCCGACUCCUGGCACCUGGCGUCGCUCUUCCGCGGGGAAACCGGCGGUCGCCCGGCAGCGGCGCGCACGGGCAAAGGCUUCGGAGGGAAGGCCCGCGGCGGCGGCCGAGCUCCCUGAGGCCAGACCGGUCUUCUUCACAGCCCGGGAGCCAGCAACCUCCGGAUACCCCAGACUCCGGCCGCACCAGCCGGCAACUUUGCCCCCGCCAAGUCCUCUGUCAGCCUGACCCCGCGGAGAGUUGCCGGGCCCGCCGCCGCGAGCCCCCCUCUCCGGGGCCCAGAGCCCCACGCGCCAUUGCCGGGCCACCCCGCACCCCGCUCCUGCGGCCCCCGGCCGCCAGGAUGCGCUACGCAGACCCCUCAGCUAACCGGGAUCUGUUGGGAAACCGAACUUUGCUCUUUAUCUUCAUUUGCGCCUUCGCUCUGGUGACCUUGCUGCAGCAGAUCCUCUACGGCAGAAACUACAUCAAAAGAAGCCUCCAGUUUGGCUGGCAGAGUGGUGACCAGCUGGCCAAUUGGACGGGGCUCUUUAAUGUCACCGACGACCACACGGUGCAGAGCGGCAGUGACUCCAGCUCCAGGUAUUUUGAGUUUUACGAGGGGCCUUUUGAGUAUAAUUCCACAAGAUGCCUGGAGCUGAGGCAUGAGAUCCUGGAGGUGAAGGUGCUGUCCAUGGUGAAGCAGUCGGAGCUAUUCGACAGGUGGAAGAGUCUGCAGAUGUGCAAGUGGGCCAUGAACAUCUCAGAAGCCAACCAGUUCAAGUCCACGCUGUCCAGGUGCUGCAAUGCCCCUGCCUUCCUCUUUACCACCCAGAAGAACACUCCCCUGGGGACGAAGCUCAAGUACGAGGUGGACACCAGCGGCAUCUACCACAUCAACCAGGAGAUCUUCCGGAUGUUCCCCAAGGACAUGCCUUACUACCGGUCCCAAUUUAAGAAGUGUGCAGUGGUGGGCAAUGGAGGCAUCCUGAAGAACAGCCGCUGCGGCAGGGAGAUCAACAGUGCAGACUUUGUCUUCCGGUGCAACCUGCCCCCCAUCUCAGAGAAGUACACCAUGGACGUGGGGGUGAAGACAGAUGUGGUGACCGUGAACCCCAGCAUCAUCACAGAGCGGUUCCACAAGCUGGAGAAGUGGCGCCGGCCCUUCUACCGCGUGCUGCAGGUAUAUGAGAACGCUUCGGUGCUGCUGCCCGCCUUCUACAACACGCGCAACACUGACGUGUCCAUCCGCGUCAAGUACGUACUGGACGACUUCGAGUCGCCACAGGCCGUCUACUACUUCCAUCCUCAGUACCUGCUCAACGUGUCGCGCUACUGGCUCAGCCUGGGCGUGCGCGCUAAGCGCAUCAGCACAGGCCUCAUCCUGGCUACCGCGGCGCUCGAGCUGUGUGAGGAGGUGCACCUGUUCGGCUUCUGGGCCUUCCCCAUGAACCCAUCAGGCCUGUACAUCACCCACCACUACUACGACAACGUCAAGCCCCGGCCUGGCUUCCAUGCCAUGCCCUCUGAGAUCUUCAACUUCCUGCACCUGCACAGUCGCGGCAUCCUCCGUGUACAUACGGGCACCUGCAGCUGCUGCUGACUGGGGCCAGGCCGGGCUGCCUCGCCACAGGGCUGGGGACCCAGUGCCCGGAUGUUGCAGUUGUUCCCUCCGUGGAGUUCCACCUUGUGUGUAGACCCUGGGGCAGGGAGGCAGGGGGUGGGAGUCUGGGCAGAGGAAGUCCUGUGUAUAGGUGGGAGCCUCCUGGGUCUCCCUCCCCCUGCUCGCUCCUGGGGAGCCUGUCUGGGCCCCCCAUGCCCCCAGUCCGAUCUGAUGUGGGUGGGAGCUGGGACUUGACAGUGAAUAAAGCACAUUUCUGCUACGUUUUAGUAUCUGAUUGAACUCAUGCUGCAGUGGCCUUGAUGUAGUUAAAGAAAGGUCCAAAGGAGAAUGGGAUAGAAAGAGAGAUGGGAUCGGGAGUCCAGCCUAUG